AUGAAACUAUUUAGUUUCAAAUUAUUGCAAAUUUUAUUUUUAUUUUUGGCACUUUAUGCUACGCACAUUUAUGGUGAUGUAACUAGUAAUUUCAGUGUAACUAGUUACGGUACUAUCGUACAGCCACCAAUUAGUUCAAUCUCAUCAACACUCAAUGGUAUAAUUUUUAUCAAUUUAGCAUUUACUACUUAUAUUACAACUACUUUCUAUGUUUUACAAACACUUUACUCUACGACUUCUUACUCAUAUAUUUACACAGAAGCAAAUGCUAUACCAUAUACUAAGUCGACUCAAAUUGUCUACAGUUUUGGCGGUACUCCUGGAUUUUACAGCUUCACAACAUAUAUUUAUUACGUCGCUACUCCUUACUUUACCGGCACUGUUGUGAAAUACCCUUCCACAAGAACUGCAACAUCAACAUCAUACUGGACAUCUACAGGAGUUACUACUUCUUUUGUCCAAUUUGGUUUAGUCACGGAUACACAAAAUGGUUCAGGUAUUUUAAUUAACUCCUACAUUGUUUCGAGCCCAUACUCCGGUACGUUUACCACUACUGUGUACACAUAUUCGCACUUGAACUUUGUUCUGACCCAAACCACUACUUCAAAAAGUGCGUCUUCCUACCUUUAUUAUGUGUAUAUAGUAAAUUCACCUUACCCAAGCACUGUACUAUACAGUUAUUCGAUAAAUACAGCUCAACAGACACCCUUAACUUAUAGUUAUUCUACUACUUUGGGAAUUGGUACUGACUCUCAAACCACUUACACUACGAUUUUUUACGUAUCCACAAAUUUACCACAAAUUUCAACAUCCACUACUAUUGCAAGUUAUUUAGGAACAACACCAGCCGUUACUUCCAUUUCCAUAUCAACAACGACAAUUAGUGGUAGUCCGACGUUAGUAUCUGUAUUUUAUAUUUAUACUAAUAUACCUAAUACCUUUACUAGCGUGACUACAAGAGUUACUAAUACUUCUUCAAAUAAGUACACUAUUUCUACAUCAAUACAGAUUGGGAUUGGAGCAGAUGGAAGCUCUACAGCAACAACCAUCUACUACAUUGGUAUCCCUGAUAACUUUUUCAAGUCAACCACUUCAGAUUAUUGGACAGGAAACCAAUUAACUACUUCCCUUGGGUAUACUACAACAGCAGGUGCUGAUGGAAAAUCCACAGUCGGUACUAUUUAUUAUGUUCUUAACACUAGAAAUCCUGGUGUAACAAUCACUUCCCCAUGGUCAGGCUCUUACACAACUUUCUAUUCCACAUCUGUUAGCUAUAGUACAUUGUAUCUUCUUAUAUUUUUUCCAAUUGCGUCUUAUACAACAACGUUUUAUUAUAUCAAUAUCCCAAUAUUUAGGACAACAAUGCUAACAUCCACUUACGCAAAUGUAGCUAACACUACUACUUAUUCCACAAAUGUAUUUACCUUUACUGGAUUUGAUAAAAAUGUUACAACGGAGACAAUUUACUAUAUUUAUACCCCACCAGUGCGCUCAUCAACUAGUAUUCUCACCAGAACUAAUAUUGGAGGCACAAAAUCCACGACAUUCAGAACAAUUGCUGUCACAACCACUGGUGCAGAUGGCAAAGAAACAACUGAUGUUACUUAUUAUAUUGGUCUGCCAGAUGCACUUUUUCAAACGACAACAACAGCUCCUUGGACCGGUGAUUAUACUUUGACAUAUGAUAUUAAUUAUACUACAGUUAGUGGGGCAGAUGAUAGUAGUACUGUUAUAACUAUAUACCAUGUAGAAACACCAACUCCUUUUGGUUUAUGGGAUACUACGUACUGGACAGGCACAUAUACCACGUACAAUUAUCAAGGAAUAGUUUGGAGAUUUGGGUUUUUCCUAAUUAUCUUUUUUGGUAUUUGGCCAUAUGAUUAUUACAUUCUGUCUACACCAAAGCGGGACACGACAUUCACUUCGUUUACUAGGCCAUGGUUGUCACAUUCAAGCAAAACGUCGAUAUUAACCACCACUGUAGUUAAUGAUGGCAGUGCUACAACUGAGACUAUCUACUUUAUAUAUACUCCAGCUACUACUUUAACGAGCACAUCAUUUACUCAGGGUGAAUUUACUGGAAGUGUUGCUAGUACCACCAGGACGCUAACCACAUAUGUAUCUGAUUCCCCAGAUACGCAGUACUAUGAAGUACUUUAUUAUGUUGUAUUGCCAAUUAAUGAGGCACUUUCAACUGUAUACACUCAAUGGACUGGACUAUACGCCACCACAGCAACAACUGUUACCUCUACCAUUACUGGUAGCGAUGGAAAUUUGUCUAUUGUGACAAUUUAUACUGUAGAAACUCCACAUAUCGAACCAUCUACCUCGUACACUUAUUGGACUGGCUCCUCUACUCAAGUGCUUUCCACAAGUGUAUACACCUCUAUUGGAUAUCUUGAUAAUUUCUUUGCUACAUGGACACUGACGUUGGUCAUUGUUGAAACUCCAAUACGCGAGGUACUAACUAGCAUCUAUUCGUAUUGGGGAAGCUCAGGUACGAGCACCUAUUCUACCUUCAUCUCAACAACCACUGAUUAUAUGGGCAAUGCUACUACCGAAAUAGUCUACUAUAUUCUUACCCCAGAGCGUUAUGCAUAUUCAACCCAGUAUUUUGAAGUUAGCGGAUCUUCUAUCGGUACAACAACUUUCUCCACUAUAGCUACAACCAUAACUGGAGCAGAUGGUUUGGAAACUACAGAAACAGUCUAUUAUGUUGGUAUACCGACAGUUGCCGGUCAAACAACGAUUUUGACAUCCUGGACUGGAAGUUACAUCAGUUUAUACUCGUCAACGGUAUUAGAUGGUAUAACAACUUUUUAUAUUGAAACGCCUGUAUUUAGUCCAAUGAUUUCAUAUGUACCUUAUCCAGGUGAUUUGACGUCUACAAUUGCCACUUUGGUUAUGACUAGUUUUGGAUAUAUAGGUUCAUUUUUGUUACCUUGGACUUUGACUACUUAUAUAGUUGAAACUCCAUCCAGGGGAUUGACCAGUACUUCGUUUACUCCUUGGCUCAAUCAAAACACUAACACUUUUAGUACAAUUCUUACGACAGUCUCAGGUGCUGAUGGAAUUUUUACAACAGAAACAGUUUUCUUUGUGUACACACCAUAUCGUGUUACUACUACAACCACCACUACUGGUUGGCAAUCUCCUAUUACCGGGACUUUCACCACUUCUAUGUCUGUUGCCACUGGCACUGAUGGCCAAGAAACUACUGAAAUCAUCUACGUUGUGGGCACCCCCAAAUCUGAUCUUACGACAACAGUGUUUACAGCUGGUUUAAAAUCUUCAACAUUAACAUACUCAACGCUGGUGAAAACGAUCACCGAGUCGGACUAUACUUACACCGAAACUAUCUAUUAUGUUAGCACACCUAAAAGAGAUCUAACUACAACGGAAUAUAGUGCGGAUAAUGCCCUAACUACGGUCACAUAUUCAAGCACGAUCGUCACUGUCACAGAUUCAUUGGGUGAUGAAACAACAGAGACUACAUAUUUUGUGCAAACACCAAAACGUGUAUCAACAUCUACCAGUCUGACUGGAUGGUAUGCCAGCGAUACAUUUACUUAUUCUACUAUCACAACAACUAUCAGUGAGAACGGAUUAGCUACCAGUGUUACAAUUUAUUUUGUCUACACCCCAAUCGAAGAGACUACAACCACUGUAUUUUCAACAGGUUCUGUAGGUACUACUGCUACAUAUUCUACUCUCAUCACUACUUUUAUUGGGUCUGAUGGUAAAGCAACAACAGAGACUAUUUAUUAUGUACAGACACCUCUACGUGUUGGCACCUCGACCAGCUAUGUCGGCUGGACAACUAGAUCAACAACUACCUAUUCCACAGGCAUAAUUACGGUUACUAACGUUGUUGGAGAAGAAGUUACAUAUACUGUCUUCUUUGUACACACUCCAGAUUUUCAUACAACCAACUAUGAAACUGUUACUGAUAGUUUGAGUUACACAACUACAGAAGCUACAGUCUUAACUUAUUUUACAGAUACUGAUGGGAUUGUAACUACAACAACUAUAUACUUGGUUGUAAUUCCUAUCCCAAGUGCUGUCGAGACACACUAUACUUAUUGGACAGGAUCUUUUUCAUCUUUAUUUUCUACUCUAACCACACAAUUUGUUGGUGCAAAUUCCUCCACCACACUUCAAACGAUAUUUUUUAUUGAAACUCCGGUCCGUAACAGUAGUUCUACAAGCUAUCUAUUAUGGACAGGCAUUUCCCAGUCCACUUUCUCCACUACACUAAACAAAUUCAUUGGUUCUGAUGGACUUGAGACCACUGGAACUUUAUAUUUUGUUUAUACUCCAUCUCAUGUCGAAAUAUUGACUACUUUUAGUGGGGUAUUGGAUAGCACAACGUCAACGUAUUCCACAGUCAUAAGUACGUUAACGGAUGCCAAGGGAAGCGAAACCACAGAAACAAUCUAUUACGUACAUACACCAAUAAGAAUGUCAUCAAGUACUAUUACAACAUUGGGUACUUACUCUUCAACAUACACAUACUCCAGUUUGACUACUAUAGUUACUGAUGAAGAUGGAAAUGAAGUAACAGAAACAGUAUACUAUGUGUACACUCCAUCCAUCGUCACACAAACCACUGUUUUUUUCCCUAACACUGAGUCAGUCACAACAACUUUUGAAACAUUCACAACUACAUUUACGGAUGUGUUUGGUGUCGAAACAACUGCAACUGUGUACUACGUUUACACUCCUGAGCGUGCUACUACUAUGACAUCCUUUUCAAAAGGUUACAAUCCUGUGACUACAACAUUUGAGACGAUAGUUAAUACUGUGACAAAUAACAACGGUGAAGCUAUAACAGAAACUACUUUCCUAGUUCAACUUCCUAUUUUAGAGACAACAUCUACUGUGUAUGAAGAACAUGAUAUCACGGAGAUUUCUACAUAUUCUUCUGAUAUUUUUACUUUUACUAAUAGUGAGGGAGAUGAGGUCACAGAAACUGUUUAUUAUGUUUAUAUGCCAAUGGAGAAAACAUCUUCUAACGAAAGUGAACCAUUAUCAAGUGAGAGCACUGAGUUAAGUGAGGAAACCUCUGAGGAUUUAAGCACACUACUUGAAACAACUGACUCUGAAACAGAGAAGUCAAUAGAUUCCGAAACUGAAACGGACACUAGUGAAACAGAAUCAGAACAUCAUUCAAUUAAUAUUUCAUCCGAUGUCUCAUCUGAAACUUCAUCUGAUGUCUCAUCUGAAACUUCAUCUGAUGUCUCAUCUGAAACUACAUCUGAUGUCUCAUCUGAAACUUCAUCUGAUGUCUCAUCUGAAACUACAUCUGAUGUCUCAUCUGAAACUUCAUCUGAUGUCUCAUCUGAAACUACAUCUGAUGUCUCAUCUGAAACUUCAUCUGAUGUCUCAUCUGAAACUUCAUCUGAAGGCUCGUCCGCAGCUUCUCUAACGACCUCCACGUACACUUCGACUGACUCGGAAGGCGAUAUCACGACUGGCACUACCACCUUCCCAGUCGAGACGUCGUCUGAGACCUCCUCAGAGGUAUCAUCGGAAGCCUCCCUAACGACCUCCACGUACACUUCGACUGACUCGGAAGGCAAUGUCACGACUGGCACUACCACCUUCCCAGUCGAGACGUCGUCUGAGACCUCCUCAGAGGUAUCAUCGGAAGCCUCCCUAACGACCUCCACGUACACUUCGACUGACUCGGAAGGCAAUGUCACGACUGGCACUACCACCUUCCCAGUCGAGACCUCGUCUGAGACCUCCUCAGAGGUAUCAUCGGAAGCCUCCCUAACGACCUCCACGUACACUUCGACUGACUCGGAAGGCAAUGUCACGACUGGCACUACCACCUUCCCAGUCGAGACGUCGUCUGAGACCUCCUCAGAGGUAUCAUCGGAAGCCUCCCUAACGACCUCCACGUACACUUCGACUGACUCGGAAGGCAACGUCACCACUGGCACCACGGCCUUCCCAAUCGGGUUAUCUAGUUAUCCACAACUAACCAGAUCACUUGAAGAAACAAACGUUAUAUCAAUUUGGACUUCCACUGACUCAUAUGGUAAUAUCAUAAGUGGUAGUAGCAUCUUAAAUAUCAGUCAUUCUAAGGACUGUACGAGCAUGUUGCACUCCACAGUAAUAUCAGGUGAACUAAUUAAUGCAAUAUCGAAGUCCAGACAGCCUACCAGCAGUUUAAAUGAUGUUAGUAUGAACGAAUCGUCUACCCCUGUCCCAGCUCCAAUCACAACCACAGUUGUUUCUGGCAGCUCGACCGAGACCGACGUGAUCUCGUUCUACACCACCACCGACUCUGAGGGCGAAGUUGUCACGACCUCCACCACCUACAGCGCCGUUUCCUCUGAAUCGUCUGCCUCUGUCCCAGCUCCAAUCACAACCACAGUUGUUUCUGGCAGCUCGACCGAGACCGACGUGAUCUCGUUCUACACCACCACCGACUCUGAGGGCGAAGUUGUCACGACCUCCACCACCUACACUGGUGUCACCUCCGAAUCGUCUGCCUCUGUCCCAGCUCCAAUCACGACCACAGUUGUUUCUGGCAGCUCGACCGAGACCGACGUGAUCUCGUUCUACACCACCACCGACUCUGAGGGCGAAGUUGUCACGACCUCCACCACCUACAGCGCCGUUUCCUCCGAAUCGUCUGCC